GAACCACCUUCACAAUCUUCAAUAUUGAAAACACCACCCCCACUUUUUCUCUUUCUUCUCCCACCUUCCCUUCUCUCUCUACAAACCCUAGCUAUGGCUCUUCCUCAUCACCAUCCUCAACUACACAGUAUUCAGCAACAACAACAGCAGCAACAAUCCAAAUCUUUCAGAGAUAUAUACAACAAUAUGGACGGUCAGAUUUCAACCCCAGUUGCUUAUUUCAACGGCUCAAAUCUUCCCGAACAGUCUCAACACCCUCCUUAUAUUCCUGCUUUUCAAGUAGCGGGGUUAGCUCCUGGUCCAGCUGAUGAAGGAGCGCUAGAUUUGCAGUGGAAUUAUGGACUGGAACCAAAGAAAAGGAGACUCAAAGAGCAAGAUUUUCUUGAAAACAAUAACUCUCAGAUAUCUUCUGUUGAUUUCUUGCAGCAGCGAUCGGUGUCUACUGGAUUGGGCUUGUCUUUGGAUAAUGGACGUUUGGGUUCAUGUGGUGACUCAGCAUUUCUUGGGCUUGUGGGUGAUGAUAUUGAGCGUGAGUUGCAGAGACAAGAUGCUGAUAUUGAUAGAUACAUCAAAGUUCAGGGUGAUCGUUUGAGGCAAGCUAUCUUGGAGAAGGUUCAGGCUAAUCAGCUUCAAACUAUCACCUGUGUUGAAGAAAAGGUCCUUCAGAAACUUCGAGAAAAAGAGGCAGAGGUUGAGGAUAUCAACAAGAAAAACAUGGAACUUGAAUUGCGAAUGGAACAGUUGGCUUUAGAAGCCAAUGCUUGGCAACAGCGUGCCAAAUACAAUGAAAACCUGAUUAACACGCUUAAGGUAAAUCUGCAACACGUUUACGCACAAAGCAGAGAUAGUAAAGAAGGCUGUGGUGACAGUGAGGUAGAUGACACUGCAUCGUGCUGUAAUGGACGGGCCACAGAUUUCCACUUGCUUUGCCGGGAUAGCAAUGAAAUGAAGGAGUUGAUGACUUGUAAGGUCUGUAGAGUCAAUGAAGUUUGCAUGCUAUUGUUACCCUGUAAGCAUCUCUGCCUGUGUAAAGAGUGUGAAAGUAAGCUUAGUCUUUGUCCCUUGUGUCAGUCCACUAAGUAUAUAGGCAUGGAAGUUUACAUAUAAUUGGAUAUUCUGAAUCUAAUGUACAUGCCUUGACCAACUUAAUGUCCUUCCUCCUGGUCAGCUGACUCUUUGUAUACACUUAAACCCACCUAAAUAUUCAGUGAUCUCUCUAUUAGGAAUUCUUGGCAUUCUAAUUGUCACUUAGGACUCAUCUUGGAUAAAAUGGCAGUUAACUUUUGGGCUGAUGUUACAUUUCCUUCAGAAGAUCCAGUAUAUAUUGAUGCCUGUAUUGAUUUGCCAGUAACUGUACUGUCAUUGUGUAAUGACAUAUUCUCGCUAAGCAACAUUGUGUA